UUUAUCUACAAACUACAGGCCUGCUUUCACAAUUCAGGUUUGCAUCAAAUUGUUCUAAACAAACACUGACAAGAUUCAUCAAUGGCUACUGAAUUCUCAUCCUGGAUCAUCCUUUUCUCAUCUUUCAUAUUUCUUGUAACUAUUUGGAAUUUAAUCACCGGAUCCAAACGCCGCCGGAGUUCGGCCAUCCUUCCGCCGGGGCCAAGAAAGUUGCCGGUGAUCGGAAACUUGCACAACCUUAUCAGUUUCCGGCCAACUCACCGGGUUUUGGCCAACUUGGCUUCGAAACAUGGGCCGAUGAUGCACUUGCAAUUGGGUCAAAUCAGCACAGUCGUUGUGUCGUCACCCGAUGUGGCGAAAGAAUUCUUGAAGAUGCACGACAUUACCUUUGCGAAUAGGCCGUCGUUGUUUGCGACAAAUAUAACAUGUUACGGCAAUUCGGACAUAGCAUUCGCUCCGUAUGGCGAAUAUUGGAGACAGUUGCGGAAAAUUUGCACAGUAGAGCUGCUAAGCUCUAGGCAAGUCCAAUCUUUCCGUCCCCUGAGGGAGGAAGAGUUUUCAAAUCUUUGCGAAUGGAUAGCUUCGAAAGAAAGGUCUACGAUCAACUUGACUGAGAAAAUUUCCUUGACGACUUGCGACAUGGUAAUGCGAGCAUGCCUCGGAAAUAAGACCGAAGAACAUACCAAAUUUGUAUCCUUAGUCAAGGAAGGUGUCGAUAUAGCAGCCGGAUUUUAUCUAGUGGACGUGUAUCCAUCCUUUGCUUGGUUUGGAACAAUCAACGGAUUUAAAGCCCGGGUCGAGAAGGUGCACAGACAAGCGGAUAAAAUCCUUGGGAAAAUCCUCGAGGAUCACAAAGUAGCCGGCUCACAAAACAAACAACGCCAAGACUUAGCCGAUGUUCUCCUCAAGUUCCAUAAGGACAGCGGACAUGAGCUGCAAUUAACCGAUGACAACAUAAAAGCUGUGCUUCAGGAAAUGUUUGAUGCUGGAAUCGAAACGUCAUCGACAACUACAGAGUGGGCUAUGGCGGAAUUGAUUAAACAUCCAAGAGUUCUUAAGAAGGCACAAGAUGAGGUAAGGCAGGUUUUCGGCGAGAAGGGAUUUGUCGAUGAGUCCGAAUUCGAUAAGCUAAAGUAUCUGAAGUUAGUGAUCAAAGAGACACUCAGGAUACAUCCCCCGGUGCCGCUGCUUCUCCCGAGAGAAAACUAUGAGGCCUGUGAGAUUAAUGGAUACAAACUACCUGCAAAAACUCGGGUUUUGGUAAAUGCUUGGGCCAUUGGAAGAGAUCCUAAGAUCUGGAAAGAUGCAGACAGCUUUAUACCGGAGAGAUUUCUCGAUGACAUAUCAGUCGAUUAUACUGGAAAGAAUUUUAAUUACAUCCCUUUUGGUUCUGGGAGAAGGAUUUGCCCUGGAAUGUCUUUUGGCCUGGCCAAUAUCGAACUUCCAUUGGCAAUGUUUCUUUAUCACUUUGAUUGGGUUUUGCCUGAAGGAAUGAAACCUGAAAAUGUGGACAUGGCUGAAACGUUUGGCAUUACAGCUAGAAGGAAAGAUCCACUUUAUGUAAUUCCCAUAUUGAAAAACCCUUUGUCUCUCAAAUAAAAUCGAGGUUCAAUCUAUCGACCCUUUCCAUGUUCAAGACAUUAAAAAUUAAUCAUGAUAGAUUUAUGUACUAUUUGCAAGGAAUUAAGAAGUUUUUAAUUUC